AUGCAGACAGCGAACGCUACGGACCAUAUCGUCCAGUAUCGAGAAAGAGUUACCGCCGGGAACAAUGCCGUGGUGACCGGUGGCGACAGUACAGGACCGAGGUUCUCUGCGGAACCUCCGUUUUGGGUGGAGUUUUCAAAUUCAAGCGGAGCCGAGUUGACAUGCGAGGCCGCCGGAGACGCUCCCAUAACACUCACAUGGGUCUCUGCCGAUGACCCUAGCGAAACAGUGAGUCAAGUGCCAGGUCUGCGCGUUUUCUCAGACGAGGGCACACUUGUGAUUCCGCCCUUCCGUAGCGAAGACUACCGGCAGGAUGUCCACGCGGUUGUAUAUCGCUGCGUGGCUACCAACAAUGUGGGUUCCAUUACCUCGAGAGAUGUCCACGUUAGCGCGGUGGUGGACUACACAUACGAGCCGAGAGUCUACGACGGAUUUGUUGUGAGAGGAAAUACCGCCGUCCUGAAGUGCCAUGUGCCCUCCUACAUUAGGCAGUAUACCAACGUCGAUGCGUGGAUCCGAGACGAUGGUUUCACCAUCAACGCUUCAGGGAAUAAAGAGGAUCGCUACACAGUGCUACAGAGUGGUGAACUGUUGGUGUAUAGAACGUCCACUGAGGACGAGAAGAGAUCGUACAAAUGUCGGACGCGUCAUCUGCUCACCGGAAAAAUCGCCGUCACCAGUACUCAUGGAAAAGUCACCGUGACAGAAUCACACGUGAGCUCAGCGCCGAAAGCCACAUUGUUCUUCCCAGAAGUGAAAGCUAAAUUGGGUUCACACGUUGAUUUACCUUGUGUUGCACAAGGUCACCCCCCUCCAAAGUACAGUUGGUACAUCGAAGAUGAAGAAGGCAAUCGCAGGAAACUCAUCGAUACGGAUCGUCUACAAACAUCGAACGGGGUCGUAACGAUUCGCGCAGUGAAACUUGCCGACGAAGGUCGCUACGUGUGCAUCGCGCGGAAUUCGGCCGGCGAGGAGAGAACCGAGUCUGUGCUGACAGUCGUGAUCCCUCUUCAAACUAAACUCUACCCUCAAGAGCAGCGAGUGGAGAUCGGUCACGAGGCGGUUUUCAACUGCAGUAUCCAAGGUCAACCGGUAACGUCGGUGACGUGGCGCAAAGAUUCCCAGCCACUACUCGCCGAUGGUCGCAUCCAGCUCCUGGACUCGGAUCGCGUGCUCAGGAUCCAAUCCAUCCGACGAGAGGACGCGGGAAUCUAUCAAUGUUUCGCCGAAAACGACCGCGACGCGUCGCAAGCCGUGGCUUUGCUGCGUCUUGACGACAUGAGUCCGUCGAUGCUCGAGGGUUUCGAAGAGAAAUUCGUCACUCCGGGAGACACUUUCGAGCUCCGGUGCAAAGCCAAAGGCAGUCCUUUGCCCGAAGUCACCUGGAGAAUCGACGGUGACCAUCUGUACAAGAGCGAACGGCACAAAAUUUCUUCAAGACAAAACGCUCAUGAAACCGAAGCCAUUCUCCAGGUGAGCGAUGCUCGAGUGGAAGACAGCGGGGAGUACACUUGCGUAGCUUCGAACGAUAUCGGAACAGCAGUCGAACACUCGAGCAGAGUCAACAUCGAGGGGGAAGCGUUUGUGAGACCCAUGAGGAACGCAUCUGUCGUCUCCGGCACCGAUCUAGCCAUCAAGUGUCCGUACGGUGGCUACCCGGUGGGACCGAUUACGUGGCUGAAGAGCGGUAUGGUGCUUCCGGUGAACUAUCGGCACUCCAUUGACAACAAGGGCGUUUUGCAUGUCCGUCAGACUCACAAGCCAAACGACGAAGGAGAGUAUACUUGUCAGAUUCAGGGUGGUCAAGAUAAGGAUACGACGACAGCAACAACGUACAUCUCCGUCGUCGUGGCCCCUCAAAUCGACGAUCACUUCUUCCCGGAUAUAAUUAAGGUUGAAGAGGGAACCAGAUCGAGACUGAUGUGUUCUGUGUCGAAGGGCGACCCUCCAUUGCGAUUCCGAUGGCUCAAGAACGGUCUCCAGCUGAGGAACAACGCCGAUCGUCAAAUCGAGUCGAAUGAGGAUUCAUCAAUUAUAAAAUUUCAACGCGUCAAGUUCGCCGAUAAGGGGAUGUACACUUGUUUCGUCUCGAACGAUGCAGCUUCUGUGAGUCGGACAGUUGAGCUCAUCGUAUCCGUGGCUCCGAGGUGGAAGGUGGAGCCAAGGAACGCCUCUGCGGUCAUCGGACAAAGUGCUAUUUUGCACUGCUCAUGUGAUGGAUUCCCAGCGCCAAGCGUCACAUGGAAAAAAGGAGUUGGAGUCGAGCCGCGCAACUUCAGUUACAUCCAUUACAAUUUUCGGAACCAUCAUCUGGUGAAUGGUUCGCUCCUGAUCAGAGAGCUCGAAGAAUCCGAUCAGGGCUAUUAUCUCUGUGAGGCCCACAACGGUAUCGGUGCCGGCAUUUCCAAGCUCGUUUACCUCACCGUACACGUGCCGCCACACUUCGACGCCAAGCACAGGACGUACAACGUACCCAAGGGUUCCCAGGUGACUUUAGAGUGCGCGGCCUCGGGUGACCGUCCCAUGCACUACGUGUGGGAAAAGAAUCUGAAUACCGCUUUGAACGAGUCCCGAUACGUCAUCGAGACGAAAGAAACCAAGAGCGCCCUUUUCAUCAACAAAGCGAACCGGGAGGACUCGGCCAUGUUCAGCUGCAGGGCUCAAAACUACUACGGUCAGGAGACGGCGCUCAUUCAACUUGUGGUUCAAGAACCCCCCGGAGCGGCCACGAAUCUUCUGAUCAGAAACCAGACUUCGCGAACAGCUACGCUACAUUGGCAGAUCCCGUACAGCGGUAACUCUGUGAUCACGCGCUACACGAUCGAAUACAAACUCAAGAAAGAUCCUUGGCCUUCGAAAGACAACCCCAACGUCAAGGUGCACAAAGUUGUCGUAGGGGGCGGUGAGAAUCACCUGGCCGUGCUGAGCAAUCUCCAACCUAUCACGCAGUAUGAGGUUCGCAUGAGCGCAGUCAAUGCGCUGGGAACCGGACCCUACAGUGGGACCGUGGCUCUCAUUACAACCGAAGAAGCUCCCAGUGCUCCACCGAACUCUGUGAGCGUGCACACGACGGGCUCGCAAUCAUUGAAGGUCUCUUGGAAAGCCCCACCGAAAGACCAGCAGAAUGGACCGAUAAAAGGUUAUAAAGUGGGUUACCGUCUCGCAUACACGGACGGUAGCUAUUCGUUCAAACAAGUGGAGCCGCCAGUGGAGACAACGUAUCUCACAAACCUGCAGAGAAUGACUAAAUACGCCAUCGUGGUCCAGGCGUAUAACCAGGCAGGCACGGGACCGGCAUCGGACGAGGUCAUCGCGGCCACUCUGGAAACAUCUCCUCCGACUUCGCCAUCCAUUCGGGUCAGUCCAGUGUCGACGUCAUCUCUCCGAGUCAGUUGGGAGUUCAGUCCCAAAGACAAUAAGGGCCAAGUGACCGAAUACACGCUCCACUAUUCCUUCGAAGAAGAGCAUUGGCUCAAAGUUACUUUGGAUGCGGCCAAUGCGCAGACAUACGUAUUGCAAGGCCUCAGAUGCGGCACCGUGUACCAGCUGUAUAUGACGGCGUCGAACAGUUUGGGCACUGGUGAGCCCGGACCGCGAGCCGUGGCCAGAACAAAAGGAACUCCGCCCAUUCGUCCACUUCUCGAAAGAUUUAUCUCCACCAACACCAGCUGUAUAACGUUGCAUCUGAGCGCCUGGAAGGAUUCGGCAGCUGCAGCUCUUCAAGCCCAGGCGACGUGCCCUGUAACACGGUUCGCCAUUCAAUAUAGAUCCAAUGAGAGGAAUACGUGGGUAGUUUUGUCUGAUGUCAUCACGGCGACAGGCACGAAAACGAUAGAACACCUAACUCCAUCGCGCAAGUACCAACUGUCGGUCACUGCGUACAGCGAUGCGGGGUCAACAAAAGCAGAUUUCAUCGUUCAAACCACGGACUCUUCCACGGCGGGUCAAGCCUCAAUCGGAAGCGGUCUUCUCGACGAGUCUAGCGGUAGUUCCUCUCUAUGGUUGGUCGUAUCCAUAGUAGCUCCACUACUGGCCGUGAUCGUGGUUGUAGCCGUUCUGGUGACAGUGUGCCUUAAGAAGAAAUUCUUCCUCAUGUCUCCAAGUCCACAAGAUCAACGUGGAAACCAAAGUCCUUGCCAUGACACUUCAACCAUAUAUAGGGAUUCGAAGCUGUACAUGCAAGAUCAGAAUAUUUUACUCUAUUCAACUCUAAAUCACCAUCGGUCAAUGGCUCACAACGAUCACGGGGCUACGCUAGCCUCGAUCGCACGGAACGGAACGCUCCGGAAUCCGCAAACCGGUGGUGUUCAAGAGACUCAGCUAUACUCGACGCCGCAUCGGACAGGCACGCUCAACCAUAGGAACAACGCCUGUAUUCCAACUUGGUCACACGAGUAUCAAACUACCCCAGCAACGCUCAACUCCGCGAACGGCCUGGAUCGAUGGACUCCUUGUGACGACACUUCUGAAAUACCGUCCGAGGAAUCGCAUUCUGUUUAUGCCUGAGUCCACAAGAAUUCCAGGGCAAGCUAUCCAGCAGGACGAAGGAGGCGACGCAAGUUCCAGUUAUCUACACAUAAGUUUAAGCUGCCAAAAGUAAAUAAUUCUUGAUACAUUCUCGUGUAAGGUUUGAAUGCAGGAGACGAUGUUAGAUGAACGGGACGUCGCUUACCGACAGAGGAACCAUUAUACAAAGUGGCUGAGCGACCGCGAGAUCUAAUUCGUAUUUUAGC